UUCUUGCCGUGAUACCAUCAAUUGUGUUAUAUAUUCACAUGAUGGAUUCUUCCAUGACCUCGCAAAUGAUCGUGAUUUGUUGCGCGUAUUUGCUUCUGAUGAAUUCCUUCAGCAUGGUGGUGUUGUUUUUGUAUCGUCAAAAAGAUUUGCAAUAUGCUGCAAUUCAAUGCUUCAAAUUCCUAUUCUACAGACAAAAUCAACGUGUCCAACCAAUCGCAAUGGUUGGUUUUGA